GACCUCCAACACAUCCCGUGGAUUGUACAUAAUAAUACAGUUUGGUUUGAGAGAAAUUUUCAGUUUAGUGUGCGAAGUAAAGGUGGAUUGAAGUGGACGACAGCUAGCAAAGUUAUAAGACAGCUUGCUUCAGGAAAUAUGGACAGACCGUCAGAUAUGGUGCUGUCACCACCUGCAACUCCGCCACCGCGGAAUUCAGAAUAUCAUAACAGCACAGUGGAUUUUGAUUCUGUGAAGGCAGUGCUACCAUUCAACAAUGAAAUUGCAGAUAGCAAGAAGAGGAAACUUACUAAUAACUAUCACCAUGAGGUGGUUCUCCCACCAGGGUUGCCAACACCUCAGCCAUCAGACUCUGAGAGUGAGGAUACCAUAGCAGACUUACCACUGAGAAAACGUUCUUGCAGCCAGCUGAACACUGCGGAGUUCCAACUAGAUCAGCUUCCACAAGCCAGUACUCCACCAAGAACACCCAGCCCAGACACAAUUGUACCAGUGACAUCCAUGCAAGUUUCUGUUAUCAUGAAGGCUAACAAAGAUGGGACAUGCUCACCACAGCCAUACGCAGGGAGAGUGGAUACAGAGGAAGACGGCAGUAGGGGGUGCAAGAAGUGUGGCCAAGAAGAAAGCAAGCCGGAAAGAGCAGAGGCAAUUCAGGCAGAAUGUGGAUCAUGUUUCUUGGAGAGAGCAGUGUCUCCAGAGCCACGCGAAGAGAACAUUUUGAAGAGCCUCAAGUACAAAAUGAGCUCUAGGAAGGAGUUAAUCUUUGUGAACAGCAAAGACACAAACCGAGAGAUGGGUGGUGCCUUAAGCAAGAGCGCAUACUCUGUACCUGCUUCAUCUCCAUUUUUGUCAUCAUUGCCUUCACCUCAAAAUGCUCAGGGUAUCCUUCGAUCUCAUAUGAAUCUCUCUCAUCAUUUGUUCACUCCCAGUAUUAGUCAGAACAAUCCUCCAGUUGCCAUCGCUCCAAAACUGGCCAUUGUUCCGCCGCCACCCCGCCCAGUCUUCCCCCUGGUGUCUGUUCCCUGCACCACCAGUAAUAUAAAGCAGGGUUCUGAGAAGAACACCACCCAAGCUGUGAUACUGACGGGCGGCACACUCAUUCCUGUGACAGCUACCACUCCUCAGCAAGUGCCUGCAUCUCCACAAACAUCUGUAACACACAUUGUGCUGACACCACAGACGCAGCAAGAUGCAAAACUCUGUUCUGCUACUAGCAUCGUCCUGUUUGCAGCACCACACCAGCAAAACAAAGAGCCACCACCGGGUGUGGACUCCCGGCGCCGCGUGUAUGAAUGUGACUAUGCAGGUUGUGGCAAGAACUACUUUAAGUCAUCACAUCUCAAGGCUCACACACGGACGCAUACAGGAGAGAAACCAUUUGCGUGCCAGUGGGAUCGGUGCGGGCGCCGGUUCUCACGUUCCGAUGAGCUCUCCCGCCAUAAGCGUACCCAUACUGGCGAGAAGAAGUUCGGCUGCAGGGUGUGUGCACGCCGUUUCAUGCGUUCUGACCACCUGGCUAAGCACGUGAAACGGCAUGCUCGUGAAGCAGGUCCCAGAACUCGGGCCCCACUGUCACCACCGCAACCCAUGCACCUGAACCUAGUGCUGCCCCAGCCAUCUAUAAUACCUCUUCGCCCUUUGUCACAAAAUACCUAACUUAUUUAACGUCAAUGCUAUCAAAACUGGUUUUACUUGUUCUUGCUUGUUGUUUUGCUGAAUGCAGCCCAUACUUUGACUAGCGGGCCUCCAUUCGAGAGGAUGUUUUUCAACUUUUCUCUUUUAAUGUGGCUGUAUCCUGUUGUAGAAGUAUUAUUUGGUAGUUUGGAUUUACGUUUUAAAAUGAAAUAUAUUACUUGCAGUUUUGAGAAAAUUAUUUGCAUUGAUGUGGUGUUCUUUUAAAGUAAUCAAGCAUUCUUGACUAUUCUUUUCAAAGUGAAGCACAUUCCAAAGUGUAAUUUCAUCUUUAUUGAUUGUUGGGUUGGGUGUUGACGAAGAAAGCUGAGCACAUCUGAUAUAUUCACCAUCAAUGCUAGGGAAUUUGUUUUAUACUCACAUAUGACAAAAUGGGGUUAUCAUCAGCUGUGGGAUUUUAUGUUUACACGCAGAUGUAUUUGUCAUGAGGAGAUGCAUGCAUAAACCAAGACUGACUGAGCACUAAGAAAUUUUCAGGGUUUUUUUUAAUUUCUUUUAAUACAAAUCUGUGAUGUAUAUAGCAGUUGUUAAGUAGAAGUUAAUUUAUUACUACCGUUCAUCUUAGCUUUAUAUUUGUAUUAACCAUGACCAGUAAGAGAUAAAGGCUUCUAGAAUCUUUUCCUGUAACCUUGAAGGUUGUAUCUUUUUAUCUGUGCAUUGCAAUCACUUUAACAAUUGUAUAUCUUAUAAUUUCGGUAUUAUAGUAAAAUUAUAUAUGUUUUAAGUGCC